AAGAAAUUACGCUACAAUUUCGAUCGAUCUUAUACUAUUUAAAUCCGGUUCUCUAUCUCGAAACGGAGGGAGUAGUAGUAGAUUUUCUCAUGGUUUCCGUCGCGGAGAUGAGGAAGCAGAAUGUGAUAGUGACGGAGGAGCUCGCUCUCAGCAGGGUGAUGGCUGCCGGAGGCGACCCCGCCUUUCUUGGCGGAAUCGUCUUCAACUGCAAGAUCGCCAGCCAACUAGAAAUCCUAAACAGUGGUUGGCUUGACUCGCUGCGCGCCUCCUCCCCCACUCGCGUCAAGGCAGCCGGCACCGCCAUCUCAUCCUCCUUCGCCGCCGCCCAAGACCAGGAGUACGAGAACUGGGUGAAGCAGCACCCUUCCGCUCUGAGAAACUUCGGCGACAUCGUUGCAGCGUCGAAGGGGAAGCGCAUCGUGAUGUUCCUCGACUACGAUGGCACUCUCUCUCCAAUCGUCGACGACCCCGACCGCGCGUUCAUGUCCGACGCCAUGCGAGAAGCCGUGAGAAACGUCGCGAGGCAUUUCCCAACCGCGAUCGUUAGCGGAAGACGCCGCGAUAAGGUGUAUAACUUUGUCCAAUUGAGGGAGCUGUACUACGCUGGGAGCCACGGCAUGGACAUCAAAGGCCCCAGCAAAGGCACAAAGAGGACGAGAUCGAAGAACAAAGCUCUGUUCUUUCAACCAGCAAGCCAAUUCCUUCCCGUGAUUCAUGAAGUCUACGAAAAAUUGGUGGAGAAAACAAGUUCAAUCCCAGGAUCAAGGAUCGAAAACAACACGUUCACUCUUUCAGUUCACUUCCGAUGCAUCGACGAGAAGAAAUGGAGCUCAUUAACUGAGCAAGUCGGGUCAGUGCUCCUGGACUACCCUCAACUCAUGCUCACAGUUGGAAGAAAGGUACUCGAAGUCCGGCCAACUAUUAAGUGGGACAAAGGGAAAGCUCUUGAGUUCUUAUUGGAAUCUCUUGGAUUCGCCAACUGUAGCAAUGUGUUUCCAGUUUACAUCGGAGAUGAUAACACCGAUGAAGAUGCUUUCAGGGUUUUGCAUGAGAGAGAACAGGGCGUAGGAAUCCUGGUUUCCAAGGUUCCAAAGAAAACUGAAGCAUCAUUUUCACUGAGAGACCCAACUGAGGUUAUGGAAUUUUUGCACCGGCUUGUGGAAUAAUUCAGAGAUUUAAGGAAGUUUUUUAAGCUCGAGGAAAAUUGAGACUUUCAGAAAAUGAAAAAUAAAUUGUUAUAUUUAUUUCUUCCAAAAGCCUUAUUAAUUUUAUCAUAAAAGGGAAGAGCUUCGUGCAACUGUGCAAGUUGUUGGUUAUUUGUUUUCUUCAAAAAUAUAUAUAUAUAUAUAUGGAUUUCAAUUCAGC